AUGAAAGUAAAGGCUGCUCCAGCCUCUGCGUUGAACCUUGCCGUUGAGGCUUUUGCGUUAGCCAAUGCUGGAAAUCUCAUGAGCUGUGAUGGAAACCUGAAGCAAAUGGCAUUCUCUCGAUACGGGGCUGCGCUGGAGUCUGUUAGAAAGGCGAUUGUGCACCAUAGCCUUGCCGCUGAUGAUGCAACAUUGAUGGCGAUUAUGACCAUUGAUAUGUUUGAGGUUGUUUUCAUGGUCAGAGAAGAACCCCUCAGGCUUCACAACAAUGCGAUCGAGUAUUUGCUUUCAGUCAGAGGAAUUGAGCAGAUUCAAUCCAAUGUCGGCCUUGCGCUCUAUCGAAUGGCUAACCAUCGUUUGCAAGUAAGACAACUUGGCCUUGGACUCGGACCUCUACCAGUGCAGCUGGCCUGUAUCGACAUGUUAGAUCUGUCCACGCCAAGAUAUAGUCUCAACAAGAUGCAACUUGGAGCUCAGCAAACUCUGGCCAUGACUAGAAAUGUCAGUUCCUUUCAUUGGGAAGACUUGUCACUUUUGAUCAUCAAGAUCCAGGUGCAGUUGGAAGAGUAUGAGCAAUGGAAGGCUUCCCUUCCUCAACUGUGGGUGCCGAAGCGUAUCCGACUUGCCGAACAUAGGGAUGUGCUACAGGCGUUGAUAGCAGGAUCUCUCCCACUUACAGAUCACGUCUUCGUUUACAAGGAGUCGUUCAUUGCGCACCAGAUGUCAUUCUUCUACCAUGGAGAACUAGCCUUGAGGUCGGCAUUGAUCGACGCUCUCUUCGCGAUGAAAAACAUGUUUUUGGACCAACCCGAUUUCGAACAGGAGAUUGAAGUACAAAAAACGGCCAUAUCGCGUGUAGCAGAUAUCCUUGUUGAAUCGAGCACCCCUCUAUUGGCAUCGAUUCACUUUGAUGAUUGCGGCUCAUUCCGUCUAACCCAGGAACGGAUUACUCUCUGCUAUGCUCGUGGGAUAUGCUGGGCUCUUCAGCAGGAGAAGCGAGUAUCGGCUGAACACAAAAGCUUCACGUACCGACUAGAGAAUUGGAUUCGACAGAAAAUUGGUAUAGCACAUCAAUAA